GCUGAUAAUAUAAUGCUGAUAUAUUGUAUAAGAAUAUUAUAUUUUAAAAAAUAUUAUACUUAAAUUACAGGUAAAAUAUUUGCAAUGUUAGGUCCAAACGGAACCGGAAAGACCACAUUAAUGCGUGUAAUAUUAGGACAAUUAAGAUUAACAUCAGGCACAAUUGAGGUGUUUGGCAAAAUGGCCGGAUCUGCAGGUUUGGGUAUUCCCGGACCGGGUGUCGGGUAUAUGCCUCAGGAGUUGGCGUUAUUUGAUUACUUCACAAUCGGAGAAAUACUUGAUUAUUACGGAAUGAUAUAUCAUAUGAAACGCGAGGAAAUUGAUGAAAGCGUUGAUAAUUUGCGAGAAUUAUUGCAUUUACCGGAAAAUUCCCGACUAAUUAGUCAAUUAAGUGGUGGACAACAGCGCCGGGUGUCGAUCGCCAUAACAAUGUUACACAAACCCAGACUCGUUAUAUUGGAUGAGCCCACUGUUGGUGUGGACUCUCUGCUCAGGCAUAGGAUAUGGCAAUACUUGGAGGAUAUAUGCGAUAAAUACGGCCAAACAGUGAUAAUAACGACUCAUUAUAUAGAGGAGGCCCGGAGUGCGCAUAACGUAGCGUUCAUGAGAUGCGGCGCUGUAUUGAGACAAUCAAAACCCCAACAAUUGAUGGCUGAAUACCAGUGCCCGACACUGGAGGACGUGUUCCUACAGUUGUGUCACUCAAUGGAAAACACCGUUACUUUGAGACAUGACUUGAACUCCCACGACAAUACAGAUAUUGAUUUAAACAAUAAUAUUUUGACAACAAUUGGUCAGGACAUUAAGCACAUACCGGUUGGCGUAUAUAAUAACGAUCUAAUUGGUGACAAUCAAACAUCAUUAUCACAUUUAAUUAUUGAUUCAAUAAAUGCCCAAAACAUACGUAUAUCUCAUUACCCGUCGAUCGAUAACGCCGUUCAGUCGGUAACAAAUGGUGACAAUUAUUUGGCGCUUGAAUUUCGGGACAACUUUACCGACAGUUUUGAGACACGAGUGACCGAUAUGUUUGACGCCAGCGAUGAUGUCGUUGAGCAAAGCCUUAUACAUCUAUAUGUAGACCUUUCAAGUAAUUAA